CUGUGGUGGCUUGGCGGCCACUGGGGCCUGGCAGGGGCGGGGCGGCCUUAUCGCCUGGCUCUCCAGCCAAAGCUUCGCUCCAGAGCCAGCCGGGUCACCAUCCUCUCUCGCCAUGGGCUCUGGGCCGCGCGGGGCGCUGAGCCUGCUGCUCCUGCCGCUCCUGCUCCUGGCGCCGCCCGGCCGCCGGGCCGCGGGCUGCCCCGCGCCGUGUGACUGCGCGGGGACGCGCGUGGAUUGCGGGCGCCGGGGGCUGACGCGGGCCACGCUGCCCGCCGCCUUCCCGCCGGACACGACCGAGCUGGUGCUGACGGGCAACAAUCUGACGGCGCUGCCGCGCGGACUGCUGGACACGCUGCCCGCACUGCGCGCCGCGCACCUGGGCGCCAACCCCUGGCGCUGCGACUGCCACCUGGUGCCGCUGCGCGCCUGGCUGGCCGGCCGGCCGGAGCGCGCGCCCUACCGCGACCUGCGCUGCGCCGCGCCCCCCGCGCUGCGCGGCCGCCUGCUGCCCUACCUGGCGGAGGAGGAGCUGCGCGCCGCCUGUCCGCCCGGCGCGCUCUGCUGGGGGGCGCUGGGGGCGCAGCUGCUGCUGCUCGGCCUCGGGCUGCUGCACGCGCUGCUGCUGCUGCUGCUGCUGUGCCGGCUGCGCCGACUCCGCGCCCGCGCCGCGCACCCCUCGCCGCUGACCGCGCCGCUCGUGGGGCCCGGGAGGAGUCCCGAGGAGCGCUGAGCCCCGCGGGCGCCGCCCCCCGACGGGACCCUGGGCCGAGGGGCCCCCGCGCUAGUCGGCCCCGGGCUCGACGUCCCGGACCACGCCGCCCCCGCGGGCCCCCACUAGCGGGGCGAGCCGGUGCCCGGGCCGCGCAGGCGGGGCCAGGGGUGACCGCAGCCCGGCCCCUGCGAGGUCCCCCGCGCCAAACUCCGGUGCACAAUAAACCCUUC